GCCAGGAAAGAACACAUUACACAGUGUUUCUUCUGAGAGCCAGCGAGCCUCCAGUGAUUGAAAUCAAUAAAAACAGUCGGCAAGGGGCCCAGUGGGGGAAGAGAGAAAUCUCCACUACAGCAUUCAGUUUGCUUUCCACUUUCUCCCUCCCCCUCUAAAGUUAAACUCCGAAGAUCACCAUGACAAGCUACUUCGCUUCCAGCGCUGGGAAGACGCUGGUGGGGAUUUAAAGGAAGCGAGCGCUUUCCUUCGCCUCCCUGCCUUCGCUCUCCCCCCAGCGCGGAGGAAAUGAAAGGCUUGUUCGGAAUUUGAAUCCCGCCUGGAAAAACUUCAUUGGACAAGUGCAUCGUUCUGCAUUUCAGGAAAGGGAUGGAUUUUACGGUCAGAGAAUGCUAAAAGGUGAGAGGGGAAAGCAAAGCAGGAAUCUGAUCCAGCCGGAGCCCACGAACAGGGUAGGAUGUCCAAGCCGGCGGAGGGGACCUCUGGAGCUGCGGGACGGACUGAGAGCAAGUGCCUGAGAUCAUCCACAUCCUGAGGCACCUGGAACGCUGGGAACACGUGACAGACACACCAACCCAGUGGCUCCAUCUCAGACUGACAUUCUCCUGGGCUGCACCUCAUAAAAGCUGGUAACCAGCAAAGAAGACACAAAAGCUAAAAUCACUAUGUGGAGCUGUGAAGCCUUAAUCAACAGUACUGAGAACAGUGAGGACCAGCAUCUCUGCCAUGACUUCGACCUUGUGCUUUCCAUCUUUUCCCUUCUCUACCUCAUUAUAUGUUUCCCAAUUGGCCUUUGUUACAAUGGCCUGCUGGUCCUAGUUAACCUCUACAACAAAGCUACUAUGACUAUGCCAGAUGUUUACUUUGUCAACAUUGCCAUUGCCGGCCUCAUCAUCAACACUCUGGCACCAAUGUACCUGCUGGGUCUUGCCAAUAGAAAAUGGGCCAUCUGGAAUUCCAGCAAUGAAGUUUAUAUUACCUUCCUUAUUUUAUUCAACGUCUCAUCGUUGGUUACCAUGUACUCUACCACACUGCUCAGUCUGGACUACUACAUCGAACGUGCCCUGCCCAGGACUUACAUGUCCAGUGUGUACAACACCAAACACGUCUGCGGGUUCAUCUGGGGCGGGGCCAUGCUCACAAGCUUUUCAUCUCUCCUGUUCUACGUCUGCAACCACGUGUCCACCAAGAUAAUCGAGUGUUCCAAGAUGCAGAACCAGGAGGCAGCGGAUGCCAUCAUGGUGUUCAUCGGGUACGUUGUUCCCGCCAUCGCCGUUCUCUACGCGCUGACGCUGAUCCUGCGGAUCCGCAAGGAGGCCACGCCACUGGAUCAGGACACAGGGCGCUUGGAUCCCUCUGUGCACAGGCUGCUGAUUGCCACAGUCUGCACACAGUUCACCCUCUGGACACCCUAUUACGUUAUUCUCUUGGUAAGCACGUUUACUAACCUACGAGGAAGAAUUCCAGAUGUAAACUCCAUUCAGAUAUUACACUUUGCCACGAUUCUGUCAAAAUUCCUGGCUUUCUCCAGCAGCUUUGUCAUGCCUCUGCUCUACAGAUACAUCAACAAAAACUUUCCCAACAAAUUACGACGUUUGCUUAAAAAGAUACACUGUGGGAACCAGGGGUGUUCUCACGAGCGCACAGUGGUACAGCAGGUUAUGACAUAGGUGUGACAAACCCCUGGUGCUCUGUGACUGCAGCACUGGCUGCUCAGUGCUGGGACUGUGAUGCUGCUGUGUUGGCACUCAGAGACACGUGAGAGUCCCAACCAAGAGGCUGGAAGGAGCUUCCAUUGCAGUUGAAUGCAAGAGUCUUAAUUUUCCAGUAGUUGUUUGCUGAGGUGGUGUGAGGCUCUGGCCUGUGUGCUGCAUUACCUGUGACAUCAGAUACCUUCAGUGCACUGAACUGCUGACAGAGGAUAAACUCAGUUUUCAUGGCUCUGAUCUUCCUCUCUGAAGAAAUCAAUAAGCAGUUUAUUGAAGUCUUGACUGAAGACACAGCACCUUGUAUCUUGUAUAGAAAAAGGUAUUACCUUGUUUUCUGUACAAAGAAGUGAUAGUGCUAUCCUUGAUGAAGUAUAUAGCAUUUUUCAAUGAAGAUUAUAUAGUUGAUCUUUACUGAAGAUCAUAUGACCCAAUUAUACAUGUCCAAAUAGUAAAUGCUAAUUAUAAAUUAAAUUAUUUAAUUUCUUUCUCCAUCACUGAUUCCCCCUUUAAAAGAAGCCUAAUUUACUUUUUUCAGAAAUUAUUUUCUCACACAAACUAACCUGUUUUAACAUUUAUGGUAAAGUGAUUUUUCUUUUAGCUACAACAAAUAACAAAAAUGUGUUUUAAUUUUCCAGUGCUUUGAUUGUAUCCUAAAACAUUUCAGGAAUUCAGAAAUAUUUAUUAAGUAAUUCUGAUGGAACUCAGAGAUGUUUGUUCCACAUACUAAAAUGAAGGACACAGUGGUUUACAAAGUUAAAUCAGAAUUUAACUAGCAAAGAUUGUCUGGCUAAGUGUUAUGGUCCACAUAUGUUCAUGUAACAAGAGUAAUUAUCUUUAAAAAUAAAUAUGUUUAUGAUUAA